CGUGCCAUACUCCCCCUGACCACGACACGAGUUCAGAGAGGCUGUGGCGCAGGACACCGGUACAACUAUGCUGUUACUACUCCCCUAUCAAAUUCUGAUAAUUUUUAUCCUGCUACAUAUUGCUUGUAGUACCGAGUAUCAAAGUGACUCUUACGGUCUCGGUUCAAGUAAUUAUGAAGAAAAUAAUUACCAGAAUCUAUAUAGGAAAUCGAACACUGCUAGAGAGCGACCUUACAUGUUAAGGAACUACUACGGCAGACAAAGUAGCCAAUAUCAUGAACAAGCCGGAUUUAGACGACCGUCGUUUGGAUUUAAUUAUGAAAACGAUUUACCAAACGAUUCCAUAAGAAAAUCCGACGAACAAGGCUAUUCUGAAGCCCAGCCUACGUUCGGAACUGUGUAUAUUCCAUCAUUUACAGAUAAGAAAUGCCCGUGUAACACUAAUAAAAAUAUAAAUAAAAAUCCCGCAAGCACAAUCUGUUUCUCUAGCACAGAUGGUGGUAAACACUUAAUCGUCAAUUUCAAUAACUUAGGAGUAUUUAGUAUAGAAAGUCUUAUCAAAUCUUACGUCAAAUAUGUCCAAACUUUCAUGGCCGAUACUAACGUCGACGUUACGAGUGAAUAUGGAAUUAAUUUCGAGUCUAUUUAUUCUAUGACCGAGGCAGGAAUACAAGCGCUAAUCAAAGCAGUAAUAGAAGAUAAUAAAGCUAAAUCACAAAAACAGGAAAAUUUAGAAGCGCUGAUCCGGGCAAUAGAAAAAAAAUAUGAAGCUCAAGUACAAGAACAGUCAAAUUUAUAUGCGGUAAUCCAGGCAGCACUAAAUGAAAAGAGAAGUAUAUCGCAAAUAGAGACAGAGUUACAAGCGCUUAUCUACGCUGAGCUAAUAAAAGGUAAAUCCAAAAUUACAAAAGAACAGCGGAUAAUUUUAAUGGCAGAGGCACAGGUGAAGGCGGAGCUGCAAAUAGCAGCAAUAAUAACAAAAAUAGAAACAAAUAAUUAUAAUAGAAAACAUGUUAUUAUUCACCAAAAAAAUGAAACUCAGACAAAUUGGCAUUCGAAAACUGAAAAGAACUCACAGUAUGAGAAUACUUAUAGUCAUAACUUUCAGAAUACUGUACAGAAUAAUAAAAACAAUAAUUUUCAAUCAGAAGCCAACUCACAGGCAAAUUCAAACACUCAAACGCAGACUAGUAUUCAAAAGAAUAAUUUCACGUCUUCCCAGUGGAAUGCUCAAAAUUCAAUUUAUUCAAACACUAAUCAUUUUAAGGAUUUUGACGGAAUAUUUGACUUCGGGGGAGGGGGAGGAGUGCAGGGAGAGGAAUCAAGGGAGGAGCAGGAAUCAAGGGAGGAGCAGGAAUCUUGGGAGGAGCAGGAAUCAAGGGAGGAGCAGCAAUCUUGGGAGGAGGAGGAAUCUUGGGAGGAGGAGGAAUCUUGGGAGGAGGAGGAAUCUUGGGAGGAGGAGGAAUCUUGGGAGGAGGAGGAAUCAUAG